GCACGGGUGGGCGGCGGGCCUCGUGCGCGGCUGGGGACAUGGCGAAGAGCCUGAGGAGCAAAUGGAGGAGGAAGAUGCGAGCGGAGAAGAGGAAGAAGAACGCGCCCAAGGAGCUGGAGAGGCUGAAAAAAAUCUUGGGAACCAACGCGGAUGUCGUCAUGGAGGAGGUCAAGGAGGUGGCGACCGUGCUGCCCCCCAAGAAGGUCCUCGAGCAGGGGGAUGACUGCAAAAUGGAUGUAGAUAAUAAACGAAACAAAAAAACUCUUCUAGACCAGCAUGGCCAGUACCCAAUAUGGAUGAAUUCUAGGCAGAGAAAGAAGCUGAAGGCGCAACGUGUUAAAGGGAAGAAAAAAUCAAAAUUGGCCAAAGGCCUAGUCUGGUAAAAUCAGUUUUGUAAGAUCAUGAAUAUUUUACUCACAAAAUAAAUACCCCAAAUAAGUACAUGAUAUUUUUAUGCUUGGCCACUGAGUAUAAUUUAUUGUGUUGCACGGACUUUUGAAGAGGCUGUUAGGCCAGCAAAUGAUGAAAGCAGUAUCAACUUGGUAUCUGCCGAACUUAAAAAAAAAAAUACAAAAAGCGAACUGAGUGCCUUUGAAUAGACUAAGUGUGUGUGGUUAUCUUUUCUUGGGGGGGGGGGUGUCUCCGUCUUUUAUAUGCUGAACGCUGAAAAUCCUGAAAAUAAUGAAACUAAAUGGUUUUUGUGCUGUGGUCUUUGUCAGUGUUACGUGUCCUUCAGUAAAUUUAACCAAAGGAUUCUGCAAACUCACCAUAUCCUGUAAAUUCUUCUGUGAAAUUACUUUUGUUGCGCCAAUUUGUGUUGCUUUUAACAUCUGAUAAUUAACGAAAAUGGGCUUUUAACAUGUAACCUAAAAGAGUAUACACUGAAAUCCACACCAAGGCUUCAUGAAACUUCUCUAAGUAAAAAGACAAAGUGUCAGUCUGACUUUAAUUCACAAAGAGAAAGUUGUUGGAACAAAGAAGUAUUUCACUGCUGUCUGUAACGGAAAUAUUGUAGGAACUACGUAACUGGAAGUAAAACUGAUUAUUAUUAGUAUGAGAGAAUGCAAAUGCACAGAUUGGAAAUAAAAUAGUUUUAUUUAAGACA